AUGCAGAGGUUGUGUUUGGGAAUUGUGACUAAUAUUACACUCUUUCUUUUCAGACACCCCUUUUCUGGCCGUGAGGUUCCCAUCUCGAAUGGUUCUGGCUUUAUAAUAAGUAGUGAUGGCCUGAUAGUGACAAAUGCCCAUGUGGUCGCCAACAAGCGUGGUGUUCGUGUCAAACUGACCAAUGGUGAGACUUACAACGCCACAGUUCAGGAUGUGGACCAGGCUGCUGACAUCGCCACCAUCAAAAUCAAUGUUAAGAAUCCUUUACCAACGUUGCGUCUUGGCAAGUCAUCUGAUGUGCGUCAAGGUGAAUUUGUGGUUGCCAUGGGGAGCCCCUUUUCUCUUAAAAACACCAUCACAUCUGGAAUCGUCAGCUCUGCUCAGAGAGACAGUAAAGAACUGGGUCUCUCCAACUCCAACAUGGACUACAUCCAGACGGACGCUACCAUAGAUUUUGGAAAUUCAGGAGGGCCUCUCAUACACAUGGAUGGUGAGGUCAUCGGCAUUAAUACCAUGAAAGUGACAGCAGGGAUUUCCUUCGCUAUUCCCUCAGACAGAGUCCGUCUCUUCCUAGACCGAUCUGUAGAUAGAGUAAGAUCUUGGUUUGGAGAAUCGGGAUCAAAAAGGCGUUACAUUGGAGUGAUGAUGUUGACUUUGACCCCCAGUCUUUUAUUAUCUUUAAAUUCUCUUUUUCCCCUCCUCACUAUAAUCGAAGAGCUAAGGAUGCGAGACCCGUCCUUCCCUGAUGUUUCUCAUGGAGUUCUCAUCCACCGUGUGAUUGUAGGAUCUCCAGCCAACAGAGCCGGAAUGAAGCCAGGAGAUGUUAUUAUUGAGAUCAAUGGGGUAAAGGUGAACACGUCGGAGGAGAUAUAUAAUGCUGUGAGGACCAGCGAAAGCUUAAAUGUGGUGGUCCGCCGGGGGGCCGACCUGCUCAUGCUGCACAUGACCCCAGAGUCCACAGAGUGACAAGUCAAGUAUUUAGUAAGAUUAAGAAAUGGUGAGUAAUGAGAAGCUGUCAUAGUUGGAGAUGUUGUAAGAAAGGAAUCAUCUAAAGAGUUGAACAGUUUUAGCAAACGCUGGACAUUCGUGUAGUAAACGUGUUUCUGGAAGCGUAUGAAAUAAUGUGGAUGAUUCAGACUUCUGUACACUGGAUAAACCUCAGUGUGUCUGCGCAAACUACACUAUCAGUAUUGAUUUGAAGGAAUAUCACUGAAUAUUUUGUUUAGGAUUGUCAUGAUGGCAACAAACACUCAACGACCUUAAUAAAACUGGGUGCUCUUAUUGUGAAAAUGCUGAUGUUUUGUAUUGAGUCUCACAUUCUCAUGUUACGACGUUUGUAUUUUAAUACAUUUUUCUGAACAGCUCUGAUUUCACAAUAAACCAUUGGAAUAUUUAUGGAU